GUACGUCCAGAGAGGCCACCCCGCCUUCACAUCCCUUUUCUCAGCUGGAGGCCUACAAUCUGCAGUCCGUGCCAGGGUCUUCAUACACAUCCUCCCUGCCUAGCUCAGAUCCUCUGCCCAGCCAGCUGAUCUACCAGAGAGACACCAGGGACAAGCAGACUGACGGGGACUUGGACAGCACACGCUCCUCUGCACUGGAGAGUGCCGAGGUGCGCUACCUCAAUGACCAGCCUGUCUUGGACGGCCUGAAGACAGAGCAGAACACUCACAAAGCACAACUUGUCAUGGAUAGUCGCGAAUCAAAGAGUUUUGCUCGGACGCCCAGCUCUUCACGCCAAGGGGAGAGCACUCCUUCCUCAAGCCCGGGCUCAGUUUCCCAACGCUUGGAAAACCUGAGGCGACAUCAGCCGGAUGAUAAAUUAGAAAAACUGAAGGAGCGCAUUCGAAGACAGAGGCAACAUUUGGAGGAGAUGGCAGACAAGGAAAAGUCCAAGAGUUGUCUUGAAAAGCCCAUUGUUGCAUUUGUUGAGGGUGACAAUGUUGGUUCAAGCACCAUGCCAGCAGCAAAGAUAAGGAAAGUCACAGCAGCACCGCCAGCACCUAUAUACAAAGGUUUCAACAGUGCAGAGACAAAGGUCCAGAUUCCUGAUGGUAAAGUUUGGAAAGAGGACGAAUUCCAUAACCUCAACAGAAAAGUUUACAGAGACAUAUCACACCAAUUUCCUGAGAGCAGCAAAUUCAGGCAUCAGCAUCAGAGAACAGAAAGGUCCAAGGAGAAGAGGCCAUCCAAACCAGUCAGGAAGGUCCAAAAAGUUGCCCCAGUAUCUGAGCAGAAUUUUAAACCAGUGAUUAGUCCUGCAUCAUGGCGUGAGGGCCAAAAACUGGUAAAGAUGGUACUAGGUUCUGCUCCAAAGCUACCCAGUGAAGAGCACAGUUCCCAUCCAGCUGGCAGACAGACCCGAACAGCUUCCCAUCAUCACUCGGACCCACAUUCAGAACAGAGGAGACGCUCUCGGCCAAGCAGCACAGAGAGGUCUCGCAGUGCUUUUCAGGAGCAAACGGCCAGCCGCCCUACGACCUCAUACAGUCCCUCUUCCUCAGCUCAGGACAAGACGCUACGGGGAGUGAAGACAGAUGUUUUGUCAGUAGACAUCCAGGGGAUUCUUAAUGACCUUCAGCUGGAUUGCGAAACAGCUGAAAUGGAAGAGCGUGCUCGUAAAAGAUCCCGGGGUGUCAGUGGUAGUAGAAGAGGAAGAGGAGGGUCAGGUUCUCGGACGAGGGCGCCAGUCUCUGCUUGGGGAUCUACAGGAGUGGCAAACACCAGCUCCAGGGUCUGCCGGAGUGCUAGCCCCACCACACGCCAGCCUGACAAUACUGACAGAACAAGCAAAAGUGUCAAGAAGCGGCACUAUGACGCAGACACGGUUCGCCAAUACAUUGCACAACAGCAAGAGGAGAGAAAGAGGCGACAGGCAGAAGAGAAGAGAGCAGUAAAAGAGGAGGCAGUAAAAAGAAAUCAGAGAUUGCAGGAGCUGUACAAGAAACAAAGAGAAGUAGCAAGAACUGCAACCCUUUCCUCUGAGGCAGUUGUGGCCCCUGUUCAAAAGCGACUGCAGGAGACCUACACCAGACUGCUUCUGGAGGACGCCCGACUCAGCGAGGCAACACCUGAGCCACAUUCUGCACCUUUCAUUCAGAUGAGACCCAUGUACCAGCCUUCAGGAGAGUCGGACAAAGAAAACAAAAGAAUCGGGGUUUCACAAAGCCCCUCAAGCAGUGACAAGUCUUUGAAUGAGCAGCCGCCACUGCCAUUAUCCAGGAAUGAUCUUGAAUUUACCUCUGUGCUUCAGCCUGAUCAUCCAGCUUUUCACCCCGCCAGCGGCAUACAAGUAGCUUCUAAUGAACAUCUCCUCUCUCAGCUUUUAAGACUGGAGGCAGCAUUAGCUUCUAGUAGCAGAAAGUACACUGAACAGCCUGCCACAGCACCUCACCUCCAGUCCCCGACCAGAAUAUCUCGUAUUGAAGCCCUGAAGGCAAAGGCCACAUCCCUCUCAAACCGUAUCGAAACGGAGGCGCGAAGGUUCGCUGGACAAGGGAUCAACUACGGUGCAGCGACUUCCAUGGAUGUUGAUACCGUUUUGCACCCCAGAACCUCUAGCCUUGAUGUUGAUCACUGGACAGGAACCGUUGCUCAUGCUACCGAAAAUAACAACUUCUCCUUUAGGGCACAAAAAGCGUUCACAAAUGCAGCUAAUACUUCAUAUACUGGCAUAGUUCUUCCAGGAGCCGGGAAUCUGCACGACUUAAAUGAAAAGACACACACCAGUUUGACAAAUCCACAUGCUGGUUCUCCGGGUGUAAAUGGGUUAACUUUAAACACUUACACCCAAGAAGACAGGAGGAUUAUUGGUGACUUGGGCAUGGAAGAGAGAACAGAAAAACUAGUACAAAGAAUAAAAACUAAAAAACCGGAGAAUCUGGUGUAUCCGUAUCAGACUGAUCUCCACGAUUCAAGUGCUGGUUCCAUUAGUGAGGGUCCUCUUCUUAGUGAAGGAAGUUUCUCUGAGGAAUACGGAAGUCCUCCUCACUACACCAGCAACCAUGGGUGUAAUUCAGAUUACUUGGAGGCAGCGGACUACAGCGCAGGUAAAAGAAGUCAUAACAAGCGACUGUUUGAGUUCCAGAGGGAGCCAGCGGAGUAUGCAGCCCUCAGCCCGCCUUUUACACAACUUAAUGGCAGCAAGGCACCAUGGGAAGAGCUGAACGAAGGAAGUCCUCUGAGCGUAAUCAAUAUUUUCACGAAAAAUGUGCAAGGGUCUAUAAAAGUGAGUGAGAGAGCUUCAGGGAAUAAUUCUCCACUUCCUCAUUCUUCACACUCUGAAAACAGCCAAGAUGAAGCAGCGCUCUAUGAGGAUGACUUUGUUUCAUCACAUAGCAGCAAAACCAGCAGCCAUCUAAAGAGAGGCCCCAGGUCACCCAGUCGCUCACAGCGCAUUUCCCCAGGCUCAACACCUGGUUCCUCACCGCUUUCCAGGCACUCCACCAGUAAAAGAGCAACUAUUUCAGACCAGAGUGACGCAACUCUUGUAGAAGAACAGAGGAGUUCACCGCUUUCAGAAACUCUCUCCUCUGACCACAAAAAGAGAGCUUCAGACAGAAGUUUGAGUCAAGCUCAGCUCAAAAGUGCAGAUUCUGACACAUUAGGAGAACCUUCAGCCUAUUCUCCACAAAGGUAAAGUCCCAUGCAGAUUACAAUUAAGAAAGCGGAUUGCUUAAUUUGUUAUUGUACAAUCUAAGCCUUAUAUCAUUCACAUUCUUCUUCAAAAAGACCUUUUGUUCUUGAAAACUCAUCCAUCUUGUGUUGUAGUGGACUUACUACCUCCAUCUAGACUAAUGAA